CACCGCAACAACCACAACCAUGUCCGUCAAAUUCCAAGAUGAGGCCAUCACCUCCAUCCGCGAGGACACAAAGGAAUUGGUACACAAGGUCGGCGAACGGUUGACCGGAGAAGGCUACCUCACCCUCUACCUGCGCCAACUGCAGUCCAACCCGCUGCGCACGAAGAUGCUGACCUCGGGUGUGCUGUCGGGGCUGCAAGAAUUCCUGGCGUCGUGGAUCGCGCAUGAUGUCAGCAAGCACGGCCACUACUUCAGCGCCCGCGUGCCCAAGAUGGUGCUGUACGGAAUGUUCAUCAGCGCCCCGCUGGGCCACUUCCUCAUCGGCAUCCUGCAGCGCGUCUUCGCGGGCCGCACCAGUCUGAAGGCCAAGGUGCUGCAGAUCCUCGCCAGCAACCUUCUGGUCUCCCCCAUCCAGAACGCCGUGUAUCUGACCUCCAUGGCGGUCAUCGCGGGCGCGCGCACCAUCCACCAGGUGCGCGCCACCGUCCGCGCCGGCUUCAUGCCCGUCAUGAAGGUCAGCUGGGUCACCUCGCCCAUCGCGCUGGCGUUCGCCCAGAAGUUCCUCCCGGAGCACACCUGGGUGCCGUUCUUCAACAUUAUCGGGUUCGUCAUUGGAACCUACGUCAACACGCACACCAAGAAGAAGCGUCUGGAAGCCCUCAAAAAGCGCUACGACCAGCGCCGCGGUCCCGGCAGCGAGUACGACAAGGGCGACUACCGGUAGACGAUGUAAAUAGACCAUCCAUCCCGCAUACCUGACUCCCGAGCCGUGUCUGUCAGUGUCUGAUCGCGAUGCCGAAUACCCGUUCGGGCCUGAGCCUUCCGACGUCGGAAGACACAACCGAGUCCCGACAGCCUACGACAACUAUUCCCCCCCCAUCCCAUCUACAUCCCUAUGACAACCUAAUUUGACCGGACAUAUUCGUCAUCAUUUAGCUCUGGCAUUGAGAUGAAGAUAUGUUUGACUGCAUUUAUGAUGAUGUGUUUUCCCGCUUUUUUUC